AUGCAGUCAAAAAUUUCAAUAGAAUUGAAAAGAUAUAUUUACAAAAUUCUUCUACCUCUUGUUAUCCCUCCGGAGAGCUUCCACGAAAUUACCCCGGUGGCAGAAGUGACGGUGGCAACAGAUGUGGAAGCCACCGCUGGUCACCGUAGCGGUGGUGACGGUGGCGAUGGAAAGAAGAAGUGUGUGUGUUCACCGUCGAAGCAUCCAAGAUUUUAUAAUAAACAAUAAUUAAUUUAAUAAAUUUCAAAAGUAUCGAAAAUCUAGCAACAACAUUCUUAUCUAAUAAAAUUGGAGCAUAUCCA